AUGGCCGGUGAGUGCAGGGUGCGGAGAGUACCAGGGCGGCAGGGAGAGCCCCGAGGCACCGCCAGCGGGGCCGCCUCAGGCAGGAGGCGGCAGCGCUUCGCGCUGAUCUCCGUGGCGGCAGCGUCACGUACUCGGGCCGCGGCCAGCGCGGCUGCUGUGAGGGGAUUUAACUGCGGGAGCCGUGCCUCGGUGCUGGGUUUUGCGGUGGCCGUACUGUGGGUGGCAGCGCGGCGCCACUCCGGUGUCAGGGAGCGGACAGUGCCCGGCCGUGCUGCCUCCAGCUUCAGCGCCGGCUCUGGGCAGCGCUGCAACUGGGCCUUGCGGUUCAGGACGCGGCGGCGGGUUUUGCGGAAUCAGUCGUACUGGCAGCGGCUGCAGCACGACAAGGACUUCAUUACAAGCAGCAGCCGACUGAAUGAGCAAGUGGUGGAUAAAAUUAUUCUGCAGCUCAACAGAGUCUACCCCCAAAUCCUUACCAAUGCAGAAGCAGAAAAGUUCAGGAAUCCAAAGGCAUCACUCCAUACCAGACUUUCAGAUCUGAUAAAGCACCUUCAAAAGAAAGGGGAUAGGCACUGUCAAGAGUUUUACAGGGCUUUGCAGAUCAAUGCUGAAGAGCUGUAUAAUGACCUGCCAAGCAGGAAGAUCUUGAAAGCCGCAGACUCUGCAGAGAUAGCCACUGACAAGGAGAAAUAUAUGCUAAAUGACAGGGGCCCGGUGUUUUUCCUGGCAUGUUUCAGCGUGGCUGCAGGAUUUGCCUUGCUCUGGUACUGCUGUCACUCAGAUACCAAAGUCCCAGGACGAGCCCGGAGAAUCUUUGGCUUUGCUCCCAUUAUCCUGGGAAGACAUGUUAGAAGUAUUUGCAUGUUGUAUUUGGAGGACCUGGCAGGAGAUUAAGGAGGAGCUGCUUGUUGGCUUGGCUGAGCUGCCACAGGGAGACAGCAGGGCAUGACCAGUAGCCUGCCACACUCAUACCAAAGAUGUUCGUACCUGGCUCCAUCAGGAACUGUGCUGCCUUAAGUUGCAUGCAGAACUCCAGCUG